AUGGUUAGCUCAAUUAUCUUGGAUAGUAAGUUUUGGGAGGAUUGUGUUACUACUGUGAUGAUUAUUGGUCCUCUUAUUAAGUUAUUGAGACUUGUUGAUACUGAUGAGAAACCUUCUCUGGGAUACGUGUAUGAGGGCAUGCAAAGAGCCAAAAUUGCUAUCAAGACAAUAUUUAGAAAUAGAAAAGCUGCAUACACACCUUAUACAAGUUUCUUGAAAAUGCAGUGGGAUAAGUAUUUAAAGCGUGACCUCCAUGCAGCAGCAUACUUUUUGAAUCCAGGUUUCCUCUAUAGUGAGGGGUUUGUUGAGAAGGCAAAUAUCUUGAGGUCUUUACUUGAUUUAUUUGAUAUUGAAACUCUUUGCGAUGACUCAGUUGCCGCAAUACAAGAGAUACAGUUGUAUCGAGAUCGAAAAGAAAGUUUUGGAAGGGAAAGUGCUUUGAAAGCAUUUAAGAGACUCGAACCUGGUGAAUGGUGGAGGCUACACGGUGGGAGUGCUCCUAAUUUGCAAAAAAUGGCGAUUCAUCUUCUUCAUCAAACAUCUUCAUCAUCCGGAUGUGAGAGGAACUGGAGCCUCUUUGAACAAAUCCAUUAAAAGAGGAGGAACCGAUUAGAGCAUCAAAGGCUAA